AUAACACCAAAAAGACGAGCAGCACGUUGUCACAAUGUCGAAGGUGGCAGAGCAACCCCAGCAGUACAAGCAACCCUCGAGGAAGGGCAAAAAGGCGUGGCGGAAAAAUGUCGACCUUUCAGAGGUCAACGAAGGCCUCAGAGUAGUUCGUGAGGAAGAAAUUAAAGGUGGUGUUAUCGCUGAGAAGCCCUCGGAAGAGCUUUUCACUUUGGAUACGACAGGUGAUGUGGAAAUUGAAAAGGUACAUCGCAAACAGCGUAAACCACUCAAGGCCGACGAAAUUCUUGCACAACGCUCAGCGAUCCCCGCCAUUGACAGCCGCAAAAGAGCGAACCCGAGAGUCACAGAUGGAGUAAUUGAGCCGAAGACGAAAAAGCAGAAGAGUGACUGGGUUAGCAACAAGGAAUGGACCAGGUUGAAGCAAGUUGCGAGAGAGAACAAACCGACCGCUAAGCAAGACGGCGAAACACUUCGUGAUCCAUGGGGAGAUUCAGUAGAUGUUUCAAAGAUACAAGACCCGAGUUUCAAUUUCUUGCCUAAACCAAAGUCCAAGGUUACCCCCGUGACAUUGAAAACGGCUCCUAUAUCUCUUGCGCCUCAAGGGGGAACGAGUUACAACCCUUCAUUUGAAGAAUGGGAUAGUCUCCUGACUGCGGAAGGGAAGAAAGAAGUCGAAGCCGAAAAGAAACGGGUCGAAGAAGCUCAAAAAGAAGCCGAACGACAACGUCUAAUUGCCGAAGGGGCGAACGAUGACGGCGAAGUGAAGUCAGACGAUGAAAGUGCUUGGGAAGGAUUUGAAAGCGAGUACGAAAAACCAGAGUGGCUGAAUAAGAAACGGCCGGAACGAAAGACACAGUCGCAACGAAACAAGAUUAAAAGACGGAAGGAUGCCGAGAGGAAAGCGAAGUGGGAGGCCAAGAUGAGGCAAAAAGAGGAGCAGGCUCUACAAAUAAAAAGCAUUGCUCAACUCGUUGAUGAGCAAGAAGCAGCUAGCAAGCAAAUGCAGUCAGUCAGUGAUUCAUCUGAUGAAGGUGAUGAUACUGUUCUUCGCCGACGUCCUUUAGGGGGCAAGAAUUUUGCACCGGAGAAGCCCCUUGAAGUGGUGCUUCCUGACGAGUUGCAAGAUUCAUUGCGGCUUUUGAAGCCAGAGGGAAAUCUGCUGGACGAUCGCUUUAGGACUCUCAUUGUCCAAGGCAAACUCGAGUCUCGUAAACCAGUGACUCAGCCGAAGAAGGCUAAACGGAAAGCUACUGAAAAGUGGGCGUACAAAGACUUUCAAAUUCCCGCAAGUUUAAAGAAGGACACCUCUGCGACGAGACGCAAAACCGAAAGCCAACCGCAGAAUGGUCUGAAGAGGAAAAGGACCGAUAUUAGCAUUGAUAAGAAAGUCGACCGGCCCCGAAAGUUUCUCAAGCCUAGAAGGAUGACUGAAGUUGUGGAAGGAGAGGAGGCUUUAUCACGGCGAAACUCAACGUCCUCAAAUAAGGCACAGCUUCGAGACGAGCACAUUAACGAAGGGCUAUCAGAGAGUGCUGAGAUAGGGAAAUAUGUCGCGAUUGACUGUGAAAUGGUCGGUGUUGGACCCAACCCCGACAAGGAAUCUGCACUGGCACGUGUCAGUAUCGUGAAUUGGAAUGGAGACCAAGUCUACGACUCGUUCGUCAAGCCUAAAGAGAAAGUCACGGAUUGGAGGACAUACGUUAGUGGGAUUGCGCCCAAACACAUGAUUUCAGCCCGGUCAUUUGAGGAGGUCCAGAAGGACAUUGCGCAGAUUCUAGAUGGAACGGUUCUCGUCGGACAUGCAUUGCGCAACGAUCUAGAGGCUUUGAUUCUCAGCCAUCCGAAGCGCGAUAUCCGUGACACAAGCAAGUACCCACCCUACCGAAAACUUGCCGGAGGAGGGUCACCGUCGCUGAAGUUGCUGUCGGCGCAACUGCUUGGGUUGAAGAUACAGGAAGGGGCGCAUUCAAGUGUUGAAGACGCAAGAGCUACCAUGCUGCUUUUUCGCAGAGAAAAGGAAGGCUUUGAUCGGGAGCAUGCGAAGAAAUGGCCCGUGCGUGUUGUUCCUGUUAUCAUGGAGGGGGAUGAUGCUGCCAAGGCAAAGAAGAAAAAGAAGACGAAGAAGAGUCGCAAGAGGUGAUGAGUUUUUCUCAAAAUGAUUUGUGCAUAGCAGUGAUACCAUCUUCCAUAUUCUAUUUCGUGCAUAGCGGACCAUAGCUUUUACUGAGAUGAAUUUACCUUAUUCUGGCUAA